GCUCCCGCGGAGCCUGCUCGGCGCUCGGCCGGCCGCCCUGCGUACGGCGCGCGUCGCUCCGGGAGACUCCGGGCGCCGCCAUCAUGUCGACGGCUAUGAACUUCGGGUCCAAGAGCUUCCAGCCGCGGCCGCCGGACAAGGGCAGCUUCCCGCUGGAUCACUUCGGCGAGUGCAAAAGCUUCAAGGAGAAGUUCAUGAAGUGUCUCCGGGACAAUAAUUUUGAAAGCGCCUUGUGCAGAAACGAAUCAAAAGAAUAUCUGGAGUGCAGGAUGGAGAGGCGACUGAUGGCACGAGAACCUCUGGAAAAACUUGGAUUUGGAGAUUUGGUAGGUGGAACGUCAGGCAGAAACUGAACCGUGAUGGAAGAAACCCGUAGGGCUGUGAGGGGUCAUCCGGGUGAGCCGCCGCCCCAACAGCUUGCUUGCAGGUACCGCGGCUCAGGAAGGGGCUCUGGGGACGCCUGCGAGGUGCCGCUGGAAACCAGCACAGACUCUCCCUGGUGGAUGCGCCUCGGGGCUGGGAAAUGGCUCGUUUUCUGAUGCUCCCCAAAGGAUUCUGGAAGACCUUUGUUCCUUUUAGAUUCCCAUGUUUCACCAGGAGCGUUAGGUUUUAUCUUUUGAGUUCAAGUGUGUGACGGGGCUCCCGGGGAGGUGAGGCGCCAGGUGACGUCCACCUAGUGUGGGCACUGCGGGCUGCUGUGAGAUGCUGGGUUCACGUCACGGGCCUUGUGUGUCUUUUCUGUGCAAACGUGGUAAACGUUCAGCAGUUGCGCUCUGUUACACAGACAGAGACUGUCAGGAAAAUAUCCCCUAGCGAGUCGUUUUCUCUUUGUACUCAUAAAUAUGUAUGCUUUUCCUUUUUUUUUCUUUUUUUUUAAACAAAAAUAGAGGACAAGCUUGCAAGUGGGAAACCGUCUGGCAUUUGAUGUAUCUGACUUGAUUUUUUUCGGUGAUGCGUGAACGCCAUGUAUCUUUCUGAUUAAGGGGCAUGUUCUGAUUUGUAUCAGACGAUAUUUGUAAAACUAGAUGUUUAAUUCCAAGAACUCAUUUGCUGUAACUGAGAAACAGAAUAUUCCCCUCUGUCUGUCGACGUGCACAGUGGCCUCCAGUGCUUUUACUCCAAGGAAGCCCUCAAACCCGCAGCCAGCCCUGCCUCCCGGCCGUGCGGGGUUGGAGCCGCGUGGUCCCGCCAGGCACUGUCCAAGGCGCCACCAGGACAGAGCUCCUGCGGGUGCGGGCCCCUCGGUGGCAUUCCUGCGGCACCUUGUUGUGUGGGAGCAGACCCACAACGGAGCCCCGGGACCUGUCCUGGGGGCUGCCUGCCCUGGCCGCCGUCAGAUGGCUUGGGUCCUGGUGUGGCCCGUGGGAGGCGGUGCUGGGAGGAUCCAAACAUGUCCCGCUGGUGGGGGCCACCAGCCCUGACCCCCUUCUGCCUGGCGACCUGGCCCGGGCUCCGGGAAGUCCUUGUCCCUGCUCCUCGGCCGUGUCCACUUCUCCGCGAGACGUCCGUCUGCCUCAGGCCUGCUGUGGGGGCCGUGCUCGGCCAGGCACCCCGUCUGCGGUUUCUCACUGCUCAGCCUCGGCCGUCUGUCUACGCUUCCAGUUGUGCUGCAGGUUUUUUCCGAAUUUUUAGCUAGUUUACGAAGAGCCUUGGUUUUUACCACCAAAGUGAGCUGUGCAGAUAUUUUACGUUUUCCCACAGCGACCUCGCACACGCACAAGGUUACUUACUGCGGCGCUGGCUACCUGCAGAGCAGUGGAGGGGCCGGGCGCCGCAGGGAGGCCCGCGGGGCAGGGCGGCGGCGCCGUGAGCGCGCUGUGAGGGAGCGCGGGCCCGGAGGGUGUCGUGGCGGGAGAGGAGGAGCCCGCGUGCUGGAGCGAAGGGAGACUCCCGGGGCCACACCUGAAGCCAGCGGGGAUGCUUGCCAACGGGCCGGGGGGGGCCCCUCUUGGAGCGCCUCUUGGUGUGUUGCUGGCUCCGAGCGUGUUCUUGGUUUACGUGCUCAAAAAAUAAACCGGGGAGUGGGGGCCCACCGCGGGCCGGUGGCCGUGACCCUGAGCCCGGCGUGGCGCCAGCGCCGACGCUGCCCGCAGCACAGGGGCUGGCGAGGCGGGGCUCGAGCCCCCCGGGCCUCCGUGGAAAACAGCGUUUAGACCAGAGCUAGAGGCAGAAGGACAAGAUCAUACCCUGGUUGGGGCCUUUGCGGUUGGCGUGGACGGCGGUUUGGAGCUGUGGAUGCUAAGCGGGAGAGAGCGGGGGCUGUGCUGUGAGUCACGAGAGCAGGUGUGUGGGACCCCGAUUCUGCGACGUCUGCACGGGCGGCGGGGAGAGAAACACGUACAAGAGAGUGUGCGCGCGUGUGUGUGUGUGUGUGCACGCACGUGUGUGUGGAGGUCCCCUCCCUGGGCACCAAGGGGCUGGGGGCGUUGUCCCCCCGCAGCACAGCACCUGCCCACGGCUGGCCUUGGAUCCGAGCCUCUGCGGUGGGAGGCCCCGGGCAGGGAAAGGCCAAGACGUCAGAAGGCGAGGACCUGCGGGCACCACGGCGGCCUCGUCGAGAGAGCGCGCGGCGGCACUCCCGGUGGAGCCGCAGGAGUGGCUGUUGGGCUUUGGGCGCAGAGUGGGUUCCUGCCCCAGGGUCCCUGUGACGGAAAUAACGAGUGGGGGAAACGUAUCGGUGCAGGGACAGCCUUCUUCCUGCUGCCACCCGUGUGGGAGGAACGGCGUCGGUGGGUCCUGAGGUGGGUGGGCCGCGUGCUGUGGGGUGGGUGUGCCUGGUCUGGAGGAUGCCCCGCGAGGCACUCGGCGCACGGCCGAGACUUCUCAGGGCGGCUGCCUGCCCAGGUGGCCCCACGGCGCCUCGGUGGCCCCACGGCGCCUCCCCACCCCCACGCCGUGGAGGCGGCAUCGCUUCCGCUGUUUCCUCACCAGAAGAGCGUCGCCCCAGUCUGACGGGAACGCAGGCACACGCGACCCAAAGGACGCUCUGCGAAGUGAAGGACAGGGUUCGGAAGUGCCACGUCCUGCAGGACAGAUGGCGGGGCUGCCCUGGGCCGAGGGUCCCAGACCGGGCUGGGGGUGCGGGGUGGGGGCGGGGGUGGCGCCAGGGAGCCCGAGGGCCCACGGGUUGGUCACAGCACAUCGUGUCCUGGGCUCACAGAGGUGUCGUCAGGAGAAGUGGGCAAACUCUGCCGCUUUUUGGAAGUCUGAAAUUAUUUGAGUCAUUUUAAAAAAUGUUUUCUGCUAAGCUCGUUGUAGUUGAACUUUCUAUGUCCAUAAUUGGGUAAGUUCUCAUUUUGAAACACAUUCACGACUCUCGGAGAGGGCAGACGUGAUGGUUUCUGCGUCAGGAGGGGACAGUCGGGCUCCUGACAGAGGGCAGCAGCUUCCCGCACCGCCUGCCGUCUCCCGGGUCUCCGCUGCCACACAUGCCAGGCUCAGGGCUCCAGACCUCCCGUCUGGUCCUGCCAAAGCUCCCGUGAGGUAUUUUUGGUUGCCUGUCAUUUGUCACGUAAAGGACGCUUUUAUUUCUCGAAAAUGCUUGUCACAAUGAGCCAGUGACGUUGUUAGAGGACAGUUUCCGGAAUGUCUUCCAUGUGUCCUCCUUGGGCAGGAGGGAAGCCGGAGCAGUCGGGUCAGGCCUGGGUCCACGGCCACCGUCCCGGAAGGUGGGGCCCCUUGGCCUGGCUCUCCCUCCAGCACCUGGGACGGAAGCUUGGGCUGCAUGGCGGGGCCCCUCUGUCUGCAGCCCCACGCAGACCUGGCCUCUGCUGCCGGGCCCCGGCCUCCGGGAGCAAGCCAGGUCCCGUCAGCAGCUCUGUGAAAACCUCACGCUGCGGAGAGCAAGGUGGUUGGAAUAUGUUUACUGUGUGUCUGUUUAGGGAGGCAGUGUUUUUAUUCAACAACAACAACAACAAAAGCACAAGUCAGGUUCCUUCCCCAC